ACCAAAAGUAACGUCUUUCCUUCCUAUAAAACAUAGUAACUUUCUCAAGUCAUCCUCUGAAAUUUGCGUUACUAUCCAAUUAUAGCGAUAGCUCGUUGCUCUCUGUUUUCCGCUACGGUGAAUCAUAUCUUCAAGGCAUGAAGUUCUUGUCGGAACUCGGAGCUUGUUGGGGUGGCGCUACCAUAACGCCGCCCCCGCAGACGCGGACUGCCGACAACCUCCCGCAACCGGAGACGGCCGCCGGGAGUCAGAACCGUGCCGCCACCAGGCAGGGACGAAGCAUAAACGCAACAAAAGUAGUAGCCAACUGGAAACCGGAACUGCAUGACAUCUGCGAAGAAAAGGUGUUGUCUGAUUCUGAUUUGGAUGGGAGGAUUCACGGCGGCGCUGCUCGGAUGGUUAAGAAAUCGUCGCCCAAAAUCAAACCUAGUUCUAUGACGACUAAGGUUUCAAUGCUCGGCGAGGGUUUCCGGAAAUCAUAUCGAAUUGCCAUGAAUGCUUUCGUUCCAUCGCCAUACAUGAUAUGAAUAGUAUUGGAUGCACAUCAAGUAGUCUUCUGCUAUUAUAUUU